CGAGCUAAUAUUUUUGCCAUUUUACGCCACAACUCUAACAUGUCGACCACGACACUUUCAAAUGCGAGACUCUGUCGGAGCGGCGUACUCAUCGACAACGAGAAGCUCGUAAUUUCCACUGAGACAGGCAAGAUCCUUCCAAAUACUGUUCACGAUGAGGGUAACAUCAUCGACCUUGCAGGAGCCAUCAUAGCACCUGGUUAUCUCGAGCUUCAAACGAAUGGCGUGAGAGGCUUUCACUUUACGCACUUUGAAAACAAGACAAAAUAUGCGGAGAAGCUUGACGAGGCUUCGAGAUUUCUGGCUACUACGGGCGUUACUGGGUUCUAUCCAACCAUUCCGACUGUACCUGUUCAACAUUACCACAAGCUUCUUCCAAGUCUCAAGCCUCGCACAGUCAAGAACGGCGCCUCUAUACUCGGAGCUCACGUCGAAGGCCCAUACCUCCAUCCUUCAAAGAAAGGCGCCCACACAUCAUCACUCUUCCAACCUGCCACAACCCCACCAGAAGAAAUCUACGGCCCAUCCGGACUGUCCUCCCAGAUUAUCAAACUCAUCACUCUCGCUCCGGAACUCCUCUCCUCAACCCCUCUCAUUCGAAACCUCGCCUCAAAAGACAUCAUUGUCUCCCUCGGCCACUCCUCCGCAACCUACGCUGAAGGCCUCACUGCGCUCACCGCAGGUGCAACGUGUCUUACACACACCUUAAAUGCCAUGACACCCCUCCAUCACCGCGACCCAGGCCUCGCAGGACUCAUCACGCUCAGUCCCGAUCCCUCAUCCCCUCCUCCACCCUAUUUCAGUCUAAUCCCCGACUCACACCACCUCCAUCCCAGCAUCGUGGCGCUAUUUUACCGCGCCUCUACCCAACACUGCAUCCUCAUAACCGACAGCAUCGAACUCCUCGGUCUUCCCGAUGGAACCUAUCCCGGGAAUUCUCAAAUCGACACAUCACAGACAAAACUCGGAUCCAGAGUCGUCAAAACAGGCACCGAUACUUUGAUUGGCGGGUGCGCGACACUCGACCUUUGCGUGAGAAAUUUGGUAAAGUGGACGGGUUGUACUUUGGCUGAAGCGGUGAGAUGCGUUACAGAGAAUGUGGCAGGACUGAUGCGCGAUGAGACGAGAGGGAGAUUGGAGGCGGGAAGGAGGGCAGAUUUUGUGGUGUUAGAUGAUGCAGGGAAUGUGUUGCAGACGUGGAUUGGUGGGAGGAAGAUCUGGGACAAGAUCAAUGGCGAGUAGGAGGAAUUGACCAGACGACGGCGGAGAUAUAAUCAAAUGAUGACUGUAACAACUAACGAUAUCCUGGCCAUUGUUGUGUC